AUGAACUCCCUAAAGAAAAAGAAGCAAGACAUCCUCUGGGGAAAAAAAUGGAGAAACCUUAUACAGCAAAAGGCAAUUAAGGAAGAAAUGAACAAACAGCUGAAGGCCUCUCUGGAGAAGCAAAAGCAGGAAGAGGAGGAGAAAGAGUGCACCUUCAAGCCACAAACCCUGUGGAACCAGAGCUUUAAGAAAACAAUUUCCUUCGUGGACGAAUUUUUCGUCAAGUUGAAGCCGUACAUAGAGCAGCAGCAAGCCUACCUGAACCAGCUGAAGGAGCUCGAUCGGGACGACGAAAUAUUCGCGCAAAAAAUUAAGGAAGAACUGAGAAGCAUGUUGGCCAAAGCAGUGGACAAAGAAAUAAUGGAAUCCAUCAUCGAAGGAUAUAAGGGAGUACGCACCAGAGGAAUCAACAAAGUGAAAAGGGAAAGACUAGAUAUCCUGUCUAAAAUGAUAAAACUAGAGAGAGCAUACAACUGUUUCAUGGCCAAAGAAAAUGUUGACAAGAAAGACUUAGGAGAGUGUGGGUUCGACUGUGACUUGGCAGCAAAGUUAAGAAAUGAUAUUCUCAAAAAUUCCCUGUGUCCAAAUUCGCUGAGAGAUUUUGCUAGAAUACGAUUGGAGAUUAAUCAAGUGCUAGAAGAGGAGCUUCACAAGAGGGAAAAUGAAAAGGAUAAUUUGACCUACUCUACUGGAGGAGAUAAUAAUGAAUUAUCUAGGAGUGAAGAAGAUUACACGGGUCGGUACACCGCCUUUGUUAACAGCUCGGGGGAGACUUCCCAGGAGAGUCUCACCAACACGAGUGACAAUAGGGUGGCAGAUGAUGGAGCUAUGCUUAUGGGGGAGUCGUGCCAAGUGGUGACGCCCACCAGGAAUGUCCCCAAUGGCGGUUCUGCCUUUUAUCAGGAUGGACAAAUGGAGGAGGCGCGGAUAGGAAGCCACGAACCACAGGGAGCGACGUAUGAAUACUCCCCCCCAAUGGAAUACAUUAACUACACAAUGAAUACUGUGGACACUAAGCAAAGGAACAACAAAAAUGUCUACCUCAAUAGUAACUACACGGCAAUUUUAAAAAACGAAGACGCACACAAAUACGUCUCGUCGCUCCAAAAGGAUUUGAGUUCAGUCAAUGUGAUAAUAAUGAAUAAUAAUGCAGCGAAGAGCGUCAUCAGUAGUGGGGGUGCUACGAUGCAGAGUGGCGCCUACUAUGGGAGGGACAAGCCAACCUAUAUGGAUCCAAACAAUAUUAAUAGGCCACGCAAUUUUGACCAAGUGCAGCAGGGAAGAGGUAGUGUGCCCCAAGUGUUAACCCACAAAGGGGAGUUCCCCACUCCAAGUAGCAGGGAUGGAAGAAAUGCCCAACAUGCGGGGGAAAGCCCUGAAAGGAAGAACACCAGGUAUGUGGACAAGAACACUUACGUAAUAAGGAAUGGCAACAACUUUUACGACGUCGAUGGGAUGAAGAAUAAAAAGGAGGAAGUUUUCCACCAAAUGAACCCUUUUUUCCGAAACGAGCUGGUCAAUAUUCCGCGGGAGGAUGUCGUUCCGGUUGGAGUUACGGGGGGAACAACUACCCUCGGCACGUCUGCGCAUUUUGGGGGUAACUCUCCCACCCAGGGGGUAGACCCCGGCAAGCCCCUACUUCGAAAGAUAAUGGACAAGUUUGCCAUUUUGUAG